CCCUCAUCUCGCCCAUUUCGACAAAUUAGAAUGGUAGUAAUAUUAAUUAUUCAGUUUUUUAAUUGAAAAAAUAUUAUUUGAUGGAAUAAUUGGAAUAUGGAAUUUUGAAUUGUUCAAGUUAUUACUUUAAAUGCAAUUAGAAAUAAUUCCAUUACAUUUUCAUUCUACUAGUUGAUUUUCUACACGAAAGUUCGACGAGUUUUAAGUCUUGUUUACGUUCUAAACUCUUAUCAUUUUUGCUUUUGAGUGAUAUCACUUUUUCAUUGAUCAAAAAAUUCAAAAUGGUAAAAAACUCCUGUAAUUAAAAUUUUCGUGCGUUCAUGUAACUUGAUUCGUAUAAUGGCAGGUAGUUACUAUUUCGUUAUAGUCGGUCAUAAUGAUAAUGCUCUAUUCGAAAUGGAAUUUUCGCCGACAUCCAAAGACUUCAAGAAAGAAGAUCAUCGACACUUGGAUCAGUUCGUAGCUCAUGCAGCUUUAGAUCUCGUAGACGAACAUAUGUGGAAAAAUCCCAGUAUGUAUUUGAAGAAUGUUGACAAAUUUAACCAAUGGUUUGUGUCUGCUUUCGUUACUGCUAGUCGAAUGCGAUUCGUUAUGGUUCAUGAUGCUAAAAACGAAGAUGGUAUCAAGAGCUUUUUCACCGAAGUGUAUGAAUUAUUCAUCAAGUACUCGAUGAAUCCAUUUUAUAAAAUAAAUACUCCUAUCAAGUGUCCCUCGUUCGAACGUAAGGUGUUAUUUUAUGGAAGAAAACACCUAGUGAAUUGAUUUGAUUACAUGAAGAGUUGUUAUCGCUUUUUGAACACAACUGAACAUCUUACCUGUUCAAUAAGACAUCAAGCAAGAAUCGAUGUAAAUUUGUAAAUAAUAUUUUUAUACUGUAUUUUUUUCUUGUUAUAUUUUUAUUUUGAAAAUACAUAUGGGAACAGUCA